AUGAUGCCGCCUACCGCAAGCACCCUUUCGGGCCAACUAGAAGAGCUCCAUCUACUCAGAUGUUCUCUCCUUCCUGGCGAGUCGCUGACAUUCGAUCCCUCCGAGGACACGGACCACUGGUGCGAACUCUUGGACGCCUACGCUGAAGAUCCAGAGCAAGUAACCGCGCGAGCGCCGAGCACACUCCCACUGGCCCGCUUUGCAGUGCAGCUCGAGGAGGCGAACGUGUGGUUCGACGUCGAGCUCCCCGCCGCAUAUCGCGCGGCGACGGGUGCAGCGGACGCGGAAAAUCCUGAUGCGCCCGUGCUGCCGCGCGUGUCCGUCAAGAGCUUGUACCUCGCUCGGGAAGAGCAAGCGCGCUGGCAGGCGGCGGUGCAGGAAGCGAUGGUGGAAGUUCGUGACAGUGAGUACCCGGUGUACGACCUGAUCUCGACCCACCUUCUCCCCCUCCUACACGCAGAACUUGAAGUCGACGGCGAACCUGGAGGAUCCACCGCCCCCGCCCCUUCAAAACUCCCCGAGGAUGAAACGGACAACAGGCGCUACCACGCGCUGCUGACCUCGCACCAUCUCGUCGCGCCGUCGAAGCGGCGCGCGCUGCACGCGUGGGCGGCCGAGCUCGCGCUCGCGGGCUUCGCGAAGCUCGGACAUCCCGGCGUGCUCUAUUGCUCCGGUACACACGGCGCUGUCACGGAAUUCGUGAGACGCGUAAAGGCGCUGCAGUGGCUCGCCUUGCGCGUGCGGUUCAUCGAGCCGUUAACUCAGUCUGGAGUGGAAGAAAGCUAUCAAAAGGGCGGACGGUGGAUCGAAUUCGAGAAAGUUGGGGAGGUGGUGGCUGAGAUGAGGAGGUUAGGGCGAGAGAGGUUCGUCGUGGAGAUGGGUAUCGGCAGUGCUGGUGCUCAGCCUGGUGCGUGUUCGAACUUGAAGUGA